UCUGCUGAACCUGCAUACGAUUACCAAUUAUUUAUAAUUAACUUACAGUUUACAUUCCAUACGUUUAUUAUCAGUUAAUAACUAAGUAAAAAUGGGUGAAGUGUCGUUAGAAACAUCCGCCUAUGCAAAACUAAUUCUACAUGCGGCGAAAUAUCCGCACUGUGCUGUGAAUGGAGUGCUCCUUGCUGAUGGUACCAAAAUCAGAUCAGGAGCCAAAAAUCAAGACUUAGACAUUGUGGAUACAGUACCACUAUUUCAUCAUAGUCAUUAUUUAUCUCCAAUGGCAGAGAUUGCUUUAACACAGAUAGAAACGGUAGCCCAGGCUGACAAUAGAGUUAUAGCUGGUUAUUAUGCUGCCUGCGAGAAUUUCAGAGAUAAUACAGUUGAAAAGUGUCCAGGACAAAAGAUCGCUGAAAAGAUUGCUGAACAUUUUCCAUCAGCUGUCUUCGUAGUUAUUGACAAUAAAAAGUUGGUGCAACAUUUGGAUACUCCAGCUAUAAAGCUACAUAAGUACACUGAGGGAAAGUGGAAGCCAAAGGAUGCCAAUAAAGUCUUAUUCCAGACACCAUAUGUUUUGGAAACUGUUUCACACUUACUACAGCGCGGUGUGCAGAAAGACCUCAUCGAUUUUGACAACUACUUGGAUGAUCUAUCACAGGAUUGGACCAAUCUUGGCAUUGAAAAACUUAUUGCCAGUAUAAAUGCAUCAAACUCCAUUGAUUGUAAGGAUAAGGCUUAUUAAGAUAGAGUAUAUUAGGAUAUUAGUUAAUUGACCUUUUAUUUAUCUAGUGGAUCGAGUGAAUUUCAUGAACUUUGUUAUUUUCAGUGUUGCAAGUAAAUAAUUUGUAAGCUUUCAAUAAUACUUACAAGUGUAACCUGUUUUUUCUGUUAUCUAUGUAUAUUAUUAUGGUACCAAUUCUUUUGUAUGCAAUCUAUAAACAACUAAUUUAACAAUUAUUGCUUUGCCUCAUAUCCAGUUUCAGAAUUAAAUUUAAAUAAAUAUAACUAAUUUAGCUUUAAACUAAUGAACAUUGGGUAAUGGCAGCCAAUUAAUACAAUGAGUCGCAUAAUAAAUUAAAUUUUGUCUAAUAAUGUAAUACAUCUGGACAAAAUGAUGGUGACAGGCGAUAAAAACUAAAUAAGUUAAUCCAACUUUAAUCAAUGUUUCAGAAACUAAAGUUUAAUUAACAUUGUUACAAAAGAGGCAGUACGACAUAUUAUAUAUAAUCUUUAAUUAAGUGUAAAAUGGUAUAGGUAAAAAAAUGGUUUUAAACUAAUAUUGAAUUAUUAUAUUCAUUAUAUGACUUACAAUUAUGUGGAUAAGGCAUGUAUUGGGGAUUAAUUUUGUUAGUUGUAAUUGAUUGUUUUGUUGAAGGAUUGUUUUUCAUUGUAAUAAUGGAAUUACAUUUAUAUUGGUGUUUGCAUUUAUUAUAUAGAAAAUGUUUCGAUGUGAAAUAACCAUUUGUGUAUUAGUAAUAAAUGGCCUAUGAAAUUAUUGCCAACUAUCAUGAACUGAUUUUAAAAAAUUAUAAAGCCAAACCAAUUUAAAUAUGUUACAUUA